AUGGAUGCUCAAGAAGCACUAGACAUCACGUUUCACAAGAAGAAGAUGCACAUCUCGCUUCUUCUCACAGAGAAUGGACUGGCACCCUUGUUUGAUGGAGCAGCCUGGGCAGGAACUAGAUUGUGGGAAGCCGCCAUCGCGGCGAUUAAAUUCAUGUCAUCCAAAUAUGCACAACAAUUGGGCAGUGGGGCGAAGUUGUUGGAGCUGGGAUGCGGUACUGGGGUGCCUGGCAUGUGCUGCAGGAUUCUGGGAGGAGAAGUACUGCUCACCGAACAACCUCAGCUGAUACCUCUUUUGGAUGAAAACCUGCAGAGGAACUUCUCGGGUGAUGCUCAUAUCCGCGCAGAACCAUUCUCUUGGGGAGAAGAGUGCGCGAAAAGUAUUCGGGCAGAGCAUGGAAGCUUUCGUUUUGUCUUGGCGUGCGACUGCAUCUUUGCGCCAUUGUACGGAGAUUCUUGGAGGUUGCUGGCCGAUUCGCUUCAUGUUCUCCUCCAAGCAGAGGAAGCGAGGCCUGAGGGAGGGCUGGAGCCUCCGAUAGGAAUUCUUGCGAUGCAGCGACGAAAUGGCGACCAGGUUGACACGUUCUUCGAGUACUUGAGGAGCCUCAACGACCAAUGGGUUGUGAAUCUUGUGUAUGAGAACAAGCCCAUCGAAAUCUACGAAGUUUUUCUGGCGAGCAACGACUAG